CAGCUUCAAGCAAGCCACGACCACGAGGCACGAGCUAGCUAACCCCAGCACACCUGCUAAUCCUAGCACACGAGCAACCAUCUAGCUUAACUACUUCGAGAGUGAGUGAACUCCAGCUAAUAAAGUAGCAAGCAUGGCGUACAGAAUGCUGGAGGUGACCCUCCAGUCGGCCAGGAACCUCAAGAACGUGAACCUCAUGUCGCGCCUCGAGGUGUACGCCGUGGCCACCAUCUCCGGCGACCCCAUGACGCGCCAGUGCACCCCGCCGGACCCCUACGGCGGCCGCCACCCCACCUGGAACACCACGCUCCGCUUCACCGUCCCGCCCACCGCCGCCGCCGGCGCCAGCGGCUGCCUCCACGUGCUCCUCCGCACCGAGCGCUCCCUCGGCGACCGCGACGUCGGCGAGGUCGUCGUCCCGCUCACCGACAUCCUCGGCCUCGGCGGCUCCUUCCGCGACCCGCGCGACCUCGGCCCCCGCCCGCCGCAGUUCGCCGUCUACCACGUCCGCAGGGUGCACCGCCCCGCCGACACCUACGGCGUGCUCUACCUCUCCUACCGCCUCGGCGGCGUCGUCCUGCCGCACCAGCAGCCUCAUCCUCAUGCGCCGCACCCGCACCACGACCACAUGCCGAGCGCCGCUGCCGCUCACGAAGAGCACCACGUCGUCGCGUACCCGGUGGCGCGGCCGUCGUUCCAUCAUCACCAGCCGUACGCCUACAUGCCGGGCCCGGCGCUCAUGCCGCCGCCGCACUCCGCGCAGGCUUCUUCCGGUUCCGGCGGGCACAUGUCGUCCUCGCCGCCGUCUCCACGGGCUUAUGGUGGUGGUGGGCAUAUGGCCCUCGCUCCGCCGCUUUCAAAGGCUUACGGUUACGGGCACCUGUCGAUGCCGCCGCUCCAAGCCUCCGGGAACACGGCCACGCAGCUCCAAGCCUCUGGGCACACGGCCACGCCGCCGGCGCCUCAAAAAGCAGCAGCCGGGUACAACGUUAACGCAGGCGCCUUGCCAUGGACGACUGCGAGGAGUAACGGCAGCGCGGACUUCGGCAUGGGGCUGAGCGCCGGCGACAUGAUGUCCGACGCCGCGGCGUACAACGCCGGGUACAGGGCGGGGAUGGCCCGCGAGUGGAGCGGGGCCCGCGGGGCCGUGUACUAGCUAGUGGAACAUCGGGUUGAUCAGUCCUAUUACUUAUUAUUAAGCUGAAUACUAGUAAUAAAGUUGAUUUGAUUUA